AUGUUACGGAACCAGAACUUCCAUCUGGUAGCGGAAACCCAGGAAGUACUGAGGAAAGUGGAUGUCCGCAACCUUGUAUCGGCUCCUGAGAAAUAUGUUAAUUACCGCAACGCUGAACUGAGUCAGGCGCAGGGCCACCUGGAGGACGCGUUGUUCGGGAUGAACGUGGGUUAUGUCGAGUUGAUUGAUUACGCCUACACACUGGAAAUCCAGAUUAAUACAGGCAAUGUUCAGUCGAUUCUGACAGCGGCCCUGUUUCUGGACAUUGUGCCCGUUUCUUAUUUGUGUUGGGAGUUUGUGGAGAAGCACAUGGAUGCCGCCAGUUGCUUGAUGAUUCAUUGUCUGGCCGUUCGGCAUCAAAAUGCGCGAUUGGUCGCAAAAGCCGAAGCCAUGGUCCUUCGAAAUUUUGUCCGCAUUUCACGGGGCGCGGACUUCCGACUCAUUGAUGCAGAAAAGAUGGUCGAUCUGAUUGCGUCAGAUGAUUUGCGCGUGGAAAACGAGGAUGACGUGCUGGAAGCGGUGAUGCGGUGGCUGGAUCACGACCCAGCCGGACGAAAAGCGCAUCUCUCGGAUGUGCUGCAGUUCGUGCGGGUUGUUUUCCUUGGUCCUGCUUCGCUGGAGAAGUAUUUCUUGGCGCUUUACAAUGCCCUUAACAAAUCACCAGCCGUGGAUUUACCGCUGUCGUCCAGGAUGGCCAGUGCCCUGCCCAACCGUCAAACUGAAGCCAUCGCCUCUCGAUGUCGACCCCGGGAAUCCUACGGUACGGAUUCAGGAAAGCUGUUGUCUGCGUUGCGGAGUCUGAAACAUGGGAAGGAGUCUUCUUCUGUGAUUGUUUUCCUGCCAUCCGCGUCAAGUGUGCUGCGUUUCGCUAGUCUGCCCAACAACAUUGAUGCGCCCGGCUUGGCGGUGCUGGAGAACGGAUCGUUAUUGGCAUGCGGCGGACGAAGUGGCCCUGAGGCCUCGGAGAACCGAGUAUGGCGUUACGACAACGCUGGUUAUGCCUGGACGGAACUCCAACCACUGCAGCAAAGGCGUUAUGGAAUGGGUGUGGCAGCGCUGAACGGCCGCGUGUACGCUGUCGGGGGGUGA